GGCAAUGCAUUGAACGGCGAAAAUAUUUCAGUGUUUAGUUUCUAAAGGCUGUCGCUGGCGUGCAAUGGUGUCAUCAUGGACUUAGUAACAUAUACACGUUAUGAAGAGUGUUAACAACAUAAAAGAGUGCAAUGUUUACUUGUGUGUUUGCUCUCCUACAGUUGGUCAAAUGAUGUAGAGAGAGUGAAUGGAAAGCUGGAAGAUAAUCAGUUUUCGAGCAGUCCCGAUUUGACAAGAGAGUCCAAUGUAGGGAAAUAACAGCUAUUGGUUUUGUGUUCUCCGUCUGUCUGUGUGAAAACGCUUUGGAAUAUCGAGUUUCACUUUAGCCAUUAUGGUGCUCGAAAUCUCUGCAACAGCAACUUUUGGUCGUUUAAAGAUGUGGCCAAUCAGCAGUUUCAAAAAGAAGGCGUUGGCUGCGCUUUUGGUCAUCUCCCUUGCUGCCAGUGCUUUGCUCCUCCUUGCCCUUCAGAGCUACAUGAGUUGGCAAAAGAAUGCAGAAGACAGUAUUUAUGCCAUGUCUUGGGAAGGUUUCGGCCCUGAAAGAGGGUUGUAUAACUUCACAGUGGUUACAGCUAUGCUGGACAUUGGUCGAGGCAACUGGUCAGAGCAAUCCAGACCGUACAACACCUACCUCCUGUAUAUGCAGAGGAUGCUGAGACUGGACGUCAACAUGGUGGUAUUUGUGGAGCCCAAGGGCAAACCUUUCAUUGAAUGGAUGAGAAGGGGCAGGGAGAAGAGGACACAUAUUGCGGUCACUACUCUCAAAGAUCUACCAUAUUACAGAUAUAAAGACAGAAUGGCAGAGAUCAUGAACAGUCCGGAAUACAAGAAAAACAACGAACUCGUGGCCAAGAAGCUUUGUGAGUCUUACGUUCCGGAAUACGACAUUCUCCAGUUGUCUAAGCUGUAUCUCAUCAACAGAACCAUUACUGAAAAUCCAUUCCAAACAAAUUUCUUUAUCUGGUUAGACGGAGGCUAUGGCCAUGGAGAGGACAUCUAUCCAAAAAACAGACUCUGGUUUCCUAAAAAUCUAUUUGAAUUCGCGGAUCGGGCAACAUUUUUGGAGAGAACCCCUGGUGUGAAGAACCUUGAAGAGAAGCAAAACAUUCUUCACAAACUUAGUGUCAAUGCCAUGCCUGGUGGUUUCUUUGCAGGUGGCAGCAAGAUUUUGUCAGCUCUCUAUGCCUUGCAAGUGCAACUAGUUGAAGAGUGGAUGAGCUCUGGAAUAGUGGACGAUGACCAGACGGCCUAUAUGUUACUGUAUUACAAGAACCCAUCCAUGUUUCGUCUAGUGCCUGCGGACUGGUUUGACGUUUUCAAAUUGUUUAAUAGUGAAACAUCCUGAUGGUAAAAACGUGGGUAUGUUAACGAGCUGUACAGAAACGGCUUCCAUUCGAACGAAGAGUUUUUACAGAGACGUCUCAAAAAAACAAGAUACUUGCACAGAGACGUCUGCGCUAUAACAAGAGGCGUUUUAAAGACGUCUGUAAUAGAGCAAGAUGCAUUCUUAUAGAAUUCUGUGAUAUAACAAGAUGUAUUAACAAAGACAUCUGCGAUAUAACUAGAGGUAUUCCUAGAGACGUCUGAAAUAUAAAAAGAUGUUUGUAUUAUGUAUGUUAUAGAACAUAUAUAACAAGGCUUGUAAGUUUGAGACGUUUCGUCCUAGCUCAAACCUCGUGUAACACGGAAAGGGGGGAUAACAGCGAGCACGGUUCGAACCCGGUACCAUCGUGACGAUGGUCUGUAACAUAUAUACUACCUACCUCAAGACCUGUCAGCCAUCACAAUAACCUACAGGCGGUCAUAGAUUGACUUUAAAGAUGCUGAUCAUGAAGAGAAAUUAACCCCUUAAUGCAGCCCUAAAACUAUAGACUUUAAGAGCGAGUCUUAAAAGCAUAUGAAAUUCGAAGCGUAAUGCCAGACAUACACAUAAUGUGAAAUCGGGAAAAGGAAUGUCAGACAAGUUCUGGAUUACGGCACUAUGACAUUAUACAAGCCCAAAAGCAUAUUUCUUAUUCCAUAUGGUAGGACACAUUUGUACAAGAUCUCCUUCGUACCUAGUGACAUUAAAGCAUGGAAAUGGUUGCCUGAGUCAGACACGAAAACCAAAUACUUAGUAUAGUUUAAUUCACUUAUUAAAAUGCAUGAUUAUAUUGAGACAUGCAUACGCAUAGGACAUAAUUAUCUUUUCUUCUGAAAUAGCUUCUGUAAUUUAUAAACUAAGGUAAGGCUUGUACUCUCUAUCCUCCAUUACUUUAGUUGAACGUACAAAAUAUCCACUAUUUGUAUACUCUAUCCUCCAUUACUUUAGUUGAAUGUACAAAUAUCCACUAUUUGUAUACUCUAUCCUUCAUUACUUUAGUUGAACGUACAAAAUAUCAACUAUUUGUAUACUCUAUACUCCAUUACUUUAGUUGAACGUACAAAAUAUCAACUAUUUGUAUACUCUAUCCUCCAUUACUUUAGUUGAACGUACAAAAUAUCAACUAUUUGUAUACUCUAUCCUCCAUUACUUUAGUUGAAUGUACAAAUAUCCACUAUUUGUAUACUCUAUCCUCCAUUACUUUAGUUGAAUGUACAAAUAUCCACUAUUUGUAUACUCUAUCCUCCAUUACUUUAGUUGAAUGUACAAAUAUCAACUAUUUGUAUACUCUAUCCUCCAUUACUUUAGUUGAACGUACAAAUAUCUCCACUAUUUCCUGAACUGUUUCAUCUUAAAAAGGUCUCCACUUUCCGUCCAGAAUGUUAUUGUGAUCAAUUGUGUGCCAAGAAAUGUUUCAUAGAGAUCGAAUAUCAGCAACUGAUGGGGUCUUAGAGUUCUGAUUAGAAAAAAAAAUAUAAGCACGAAUGGGGUCAUAUAGUUUCAUUAAGAUUUAAGAUAGUUUCUAAGCACUGAUGGGGGUCAUACAGUUCCGUUAAGAUAGUAUCUAAGCACUAAUAGAGUCAUAUAGUUCUUUAAGAUAGUAUCUAAGCACCGAUAGGUUCAUAUGGUUCCGUUUAUAUAGGUGGGGUCAUAUGGGAUCAUUUAGUUUUGUUAAGAUAGUAUCUAAGUAUUGAUGGGUCCAUAUACUUCCUUUAAGAUAGUAUGGUUCUAAAGCAUCUACUGGAAGAAGUCGAUACACGUCUUGACCCGCAAUGGUUUGCUUAUAAACCGUCAAGAAGUACAGAAGAUGCAAUACUAUUCAUGCUGAAUCGUCUAUAUACUAUCAUCUUGAUGCUCAGAGACACUACGCCAGAGUAUUAUUAUUCGUUGACUUUCAUCCGCAGUCAACACCAUCCAACCACAUCGCAUAAUAUAAAAACUAUCUGACUUGAACGUUAGCGAAAACAUACAAGCUUGGAUUUUAAACUUUCUUGUCAAACACCCACAAUAUGUAAAAUUGAACGGGCAUGUGUCAGGCACGAGAGAGCUUAGCACUGGAGCGCCGCAGAGGUGCGUCCUGUCACCAGUAUUGUAUACCAUCUACACCAAUGACAUUCAGACUUUUAGAACCAAUCAGCUGACACUCACAUCAUAAAAAUUGCUGUCGACACAGCAAUCAUCGGCCUUAUUGCAGGUGAUCAAAUUCUAUACCAUUUAACAAUUAAUACAUUGUACCAAUGGUUUAUAGACAAUUUUCUAAUUUAAAUUUUCAGAAAACUAAAGAAAUGAUAAUAGAGUUUAGGAAACAUAAAGGCCAUCUUGCAGAAAAUCAUAUAAACAAUAAAACUGUAGACCAAGUGCAAGAAUAUAAAUACCUAGGUAGGCUGCAACCAUGAACAACAAACUAAAAUGUAGUGAACACUGUCAAAAACUUUACACCAAUAUUCAUCAACCACUAUUCUAUUUUAGAAAGCUAAGAAAAUUUAAAAUCGACAAAACAAUAAUUAAACUUUUCUACACAGCAACCAACAGCAGUCUAAUUAACUUUGGCGUCACCUGCUGGUAUGGUAAUACUUCACUGGCACAAAGACAUAGAUUAAAUAGACGAACUAAAAAGCAUCGUAUAUCACUCAAGUACAGCUACCAUCUCUUCAAGAUGCCAAGAAAGAUGCCUUUCCAAAACACACACGAUUCUUAAAGACAACCUGCACCCAUCAAACCACUGUUACAUCAGAUCUGAUUGAAGUGGGCGUCUCCAUUUCAUUAGGACUAAAACAGAAAGAUUGUAAAACUCCUUUAUCACAUUUUCGGUCAGAGUGUUACAAGAUCAGCUGUCGUCAUCGAACAGUACAAAGAAGUCUAAUUCAUAAAGCGCUGGUUGUGAGUGUGUAUGUGUUUCGUGUGUCAAUGUUGUUCGCAUUCGCAUUUAUAUUAUAUAAUAUAUUUAUUACAGUAGUUAGGGGGCGUGGUGGCUGAGUGGUUAAACGCUCGGCUUCUGAACCUGAGGUCCUGUGUUCGAAUCUCGGUGAGCACAGAAACGAAUAAUCUUUACAUUAUCGCAAGGUCUGAAAGAAAGAGCAACAGCUUGCUUUUCUAUCAAGUGUUUCCGUAAGAAAACUAUAUUCUUUUUUUUUAAGUUUUAAAUGACAGAAUAUAUCAGCAACAGGGGGAAAAUUAUUUUAUAGAUUUGUUACGUUUAUGACAGUUUAGGUAAUUUGUAGAAAUAUAAAUAAAAGGUCUGUGUGGUAAAUGGUUGAACAGGUUAGAAUAUCUAUAAAUACAAAAUACAUUACAUCAUUUUUAAAACAUCUGUUGUCCUCUUAAUGAUGUAAAUGUAGAAUACAAUCUUCUUCUUCAUCUUCAUCGUUCUCAUUGUUAUGUUGGAGUGUUCAUAUGACUAGACCAAUACAUGAGAUGAACUGCGCAGUGGUUUCCAAAUCAGGGAGCUCUCCAUAUAGUUUUACAAUCAAAACAUAAUAAUUUGGUUUACAUUGUAAUGAUACUCAAAUGUUACUGUUGGACACUAUCAUUAUAAAGAUUCUUUGACUGUCAGGAUAUUUAAAAAAAACCUGAGCUAUUUGGUUAUUGAGGCUUUCCCUAUAAAGAUGCGAUGACAUGAACAUCAUUAUCAUAAGGCAUCAGAAGACAAUUAUAUGACCCUAUUAGUGCUUAGAUACUAGAUAAGAUACGAUCAGAUAAUUUUUAAUUGGUCCAAACAAAUGGACAUUUAGUUUGACUACAAUUGAUCACCUCAGCGUAACUACUGUAGAAAGUAAAGUUUCCUUUUCAGAACUUACGAUCCAUGGGCAGAUAAUGUUAUGGUCGUCUGUUUCUAUGGCCAACGGUUAACGUGCAGGGUGUCAUGUGGCCAGCACAACGACCAACCGCUUUUACUUUCCCCAACUCAAGUCAGGUACCCAUUAGAGUUGGGUGGACUCAAUACCCAUUGAAGCUGUGUUGACUCAGAGGCAUCCUAAAGAUCCCGAAAUAUAAAAUCCCAGUAUUCACCAGGACCCUCGGUUUGGAAGCCAAGACCUUUACCACUCAGCCACCGCGCCUUCAAGCUGUUGCUUUAAUAAGACACUUAAAGUUCAAUCGAAAUUAAUUUUGUUUUGUUGAUGUUUUGAUACAACUUACUAAAAAAAUGUUUAAAAAAUAUUAAACAGUGUUUUUUUUU